UUCUCUUUCCAUUGGAGCGGCUCAGUUUGUUUCUUUACACUCGGUCGGAGCAGAGCGGUUGUUAUUUACCACCGGGUUUGUUCAAAGGUCGGAGUGAAGCCAGAAGAAGAAGAAGAAGAAGAAGAAGAAGAAUUAGAAAUAGAGGAAGAAAAGGAGGAAGACGAUCGGAGAUUCAGAGUUGAGGAGACUUGAGGGCGUCCUCUUCCGUCUUCCUUCCCCCAAACCACAGCAGAUUACUGAAUUUCAGUAAGAAUGCAUUUGACUGUGCUUCUGUUUGCAUCGGCGCUCUCUGUGGCCACCUUCGCCUUGGACAAUGGGGUGAUGAGGACCCCUCCGAUGGGCUGGUUGGCAUGGGAACGAUUCCGCUGUGACAUCGACUGUGAACACGACCCCAAGAACUGCAUCAGUGAGAAUCUGUUCAUCGACAUGGCGGACAGACUCUCGGAGGACGGCUGGAGGGAACUUGGAUAUGUGUAUGUGAACAUAGACGACUGCUGGUCCUCCAUGCAGAGGGACGAGAAGGGACGGCUGCAGGCGGACCCUAAAAGGUUCCCUGGAGGUAUCCCUAAACUGGCACGCUACUUGCACGACAGGGGGCUCAAGCUGGGGAUCUAUGGGGACAUGGGCACACACACAUGCGGAGGUUACCCCGGCACACCACUGGACAAGAUCGAGAUAGACGCUCAGACCUUCGCCGACUGGGAGGUGGAUAUGUUUAAAUUUGACGGCUGUUAUUCUAACGCCACAGAGCAGGCGCAGGGUUAUCCUCUGAUGUCAAAGGCUUUAAAUGCUACUGGCCGUCCUAUUGGCUACUCCUGCAGUUGGCCUGCCUAUCAGGGUGGCCUGCCACCGAAGGUAAACUACACUCAGCUGGGGGAAAUCUGCAACCUGUGGCGUAACUAUGGCGACAUCCAGGACUCUUGGGACAGUGUCCUGAAUAUUGCUGACUGGUUCUUCAGUAAUCAGGAUGUCCUGAUACCUGCAGCCGGACCUGGACGGUGGAAUGACCCUGAUAUGCUCAUCAUUGGCGACUUUGGCCUCAGCAUGGACCAGUCUCGGUCUCAGAUGGCUCUGUGGGCGAUCAUGGCUGCUCCUCUUUUCAUGUCCAAUGACCUGCGCACCAUCAGCAGCGGAGCCCGCAGCAUCCUGCAGAACAAAAUGGCCAUUACCAUCAACCAGGACCCCUUGGGAAUCCAGGGAAGGCGCAUUUUAAAGGAAAAGAGUGGCAUUGAAGUCUACUGGCGCCCCUUGUCAAAAAAUGCCAGUGCACUGGUAUUCUUCAGUCGUCGCACUGACAUGCCAUACCGCUACCAGACUAACCUCAAAAAACUUAACUACACCACCGGCAGCUACAAGAUCUAUGAUGUCUUCACUGAUCAGACCAUGAUGCAGAAAGACUCCACUGACUUUGUGGUAUCAGUGAACCCCACAGGUGUGGUCAUGUGGUACGUGUCUGCACCCGCCAAACUGAACCUCCGCCAGUUCUUUAAAGGCGGCAGAUUACAGGGAUUCGCCUAUGACGAUGAUGAAAACGCCAUCCCUCGUGUUUUCCUCUGAUCACUGACUGACUUCAUCAUCGAAUAAUCACAUCACAGUUUCUGCCUCAGUGCAGUGGCUCCUGAUGAACUGACAACACCUCACACCACAGCGUUUGGUGCUCAAAGGACUUAUUUCUCGAUUUAGCCACAAAGUGCAGAUGAUGAGCUCUAAAUUGAGUCAUUGUAAAAAGAUGGCACUGUCUGUUCUGACGAAUAAAAUCACUUUAAGCUCAGGGACAACCAUUUUGCAUCUGGAUAUGUCACGAUUUUGAAAUUCUUCAUGUAAUCAUUUUCUCAAAUUCUGCUCUAACAGAACUCGCCAAGGAUGAAAAACUGAUUGUAGAUCAGCGCUAUGACUCAGAAGUCUCUGCUUUUAAUAAAAAAUAUAUUUUAAAGAAACAGGAUAGUAUGUGUUUAUAAGGAAUACUAUGCAGGAAUUCGGCUACUGAGUACCGCAGCGAAACUGGAAGUGAAAGCCAACGGCAGCAUUGUCUGCUUUGCAUUUUGGCUCACUCUGUUUAUAUUUGUGUCCGCUCUUGGAUGCAAGCUGCUUACAGUCUGUCACCUGCUCUCUACCCGAACCUCACCCUGCUGUGCCCAACAACUUCUUUACAAAAAAAAAAGUAGAAGUAGAAACAGAUGGCAGAGUCACAGCAAACUGCUGGUGGGUCAUAAGUGAUGAUUGAGAGGGAUUACUUUGUCAUGAGUCUAUACAUUUUUUUUCUUUUGGGAAAAUCCUGCAUAUUAAACCUUGGAGCUGUCCCAAAAAGCACAAAGAAAGAUGAUAAAGGCCUCUGCACUGCUACUUUUUCUGAAUGUUUACAUUUAAAUGCUUUGUUAAAGGUGCAGUCGGUGAUUCUUUUCUAAUACACUUUUUGUCUAAUUCAGCAAACAUCUCCUCACAGUCCGCUAGCUGCGCAGCCCUGGCUCUGUAAAUGGGAAACAAAGAGGCUUGAAAUGGGUGUUUAUGCACAGGACAGAGGGGUAGCUAUGUGUUUAUAAAGAGAAAUGCGGUGGGAAAAAGAGGGACAGUAAAUCUGGCAGAGUUCACAUGUUUGGAUGUUGAGUUCAAAUAUCAACAAUCUUUCUCCGGGAUCGCUGAUUUCACCUCAAAAGGAGAAUUGUUUUAGUUGUUUAAGAAAUGUUUUUAUAAGAAAUGAUUCUGUGAAUUAUAUGUUUUUGCCUUCACUAUAAUAAAUCAUUUGCUUUUCAAUCA